AUGGCGCGCGCACUUAGGGUGGUGCUAAGGACGGUGGCUGGCGAGGGACACAACGUGUUUAGACCCUUUAAAAUGUGCGAAGCGAGGCCUUUAUGUCAACAAGCUGUCCUGUGCUCCUCUCCUGCUCUGCUCUCUACACUCAUCUGCAGGUUUAGUGCUGCUUCCUGUAAUCAGGCCAGUGUAAGGAUGCCAGAAAUAAACACAGAUAAUCUGGAUGAGAAGCAGGUCCUUCUGCUGGCUGAGAUGUGCAUCACGAUCGACGAGAACGACCAGGAGAUCGGAGCAGACACCAAGAAGAACUGCCACCUCAACUCCAACAUCAGCAAAGGAUUACUGCACCGAGCAUUCAGUGUUUUCCUGUUUAACAGUGAAGAAAAGCUGCUCUUACAGCAGAGAUCUGAUGCCAAGAUCACGUUCCCAGGGUGCUUCACUAACACGUGCUGCAGUCACCCUCUGUACACGCCGUCCGAGCUGGAGGAGCAGGACGGCAUCGGGGUGAGACGAGCUGCACAGAGGAGACUGGAGGCCGAACUCGGCAUCCCCACACAUCAGGUGCCUCCAGAGGAGAUGACGUACCUGACCCGCAUCCACUACAAGGCCGAGUCGGACGGGGUGUGGGGCGAGCACGAGAUCGACUACAUCCUGUUCCUGCAGAGGGACGUGAAGCUGCAGCCCGACCCCAAUGAGGUGAAAAGUCACCGCUAUGUCUCCAAAGAGGAGCUGAAGGAGCUGCUGGAGCAGGCAGAGAAAGGCCACGUGCAGAUCACACCGUGGUUCAGCCUCAUCGCCAAAACCUUCCUGUUCAGGUGGUGGGACAACCUACAGAACCUCAAACAGUUCACAGAUCACAAGCGCAUCCAUCGCAUGUGAUCAUCAUCUCCACUGCUGCAGCACGGUCCGAGAUCCUCUCCAUCAUCCAUACAGAGCCAGUUUAACACAGAGCAGCUGUUAAUAAUGAAUAUCAAACGUUUCUGUAGUAUUAGUUUCAUUCAUGGACUGAUGUCUUCCUUACCUAAUAAUCUUCACCAGUUACAUGAUUCUCGGGUGGGAUUGAAGGCUUGACGAGCGCUGCACGGGUGUCUAGUUAUUACUUAUUAAUGUGGGGAGGGAAAAGACUCGGAUAUUUUUCUCUAUUUCUCAAGCAGAAAAGACGAGUAUUUAUUUUAAAGCCUUUUAGGUUUGGUCUUUUUUUAAACAUUUAAUACAGAGAUUCUGCUUUUCUCCAACAGCCGAGGUGCUUCGUUUAAGGGGAAAUACAGGUAGUGGAUGUUGCUUUCGAGGUUCACUGUGCAUUGUACAUAAGUUUACGUCCAUGUAAAAUAAACUGUAGAUAAAUAAAUGCAUCGAAUUUC